AUGGACCUGGCGAACAGACUGUCCGGGCUCGAUAUGCAUCUUUACAACGCCGAGGACGGCCCGUACCAGUCUGAUCCCACCACUGGUGCUGACGGCGAGUGGGAAGUUGUCUCCCAGCAUCCCGAAUGGGACUUUAUCCCUCGCGGCAAUGUCCAAAAUCCACGAGGAGUCCCUCAGCGAGAGGCGCUAUUGCACACAGGGUGGGUUGCGUGUGAGAAAGGACUGAAUGGGGAAGUGCAUAUGUUUGAGAGUCUUCCAGCGGAAGACAGAGAUGCAUCAUCGACGUCGACCGAGGAAGGAGAUCAGACGUCGGUGUCUCGCCCUCGACCUGCCGAGAGGGACACCACGCGAGCUGGUGCAAGACCCGAUGCAAGAACCGCAUGGCAAAAGACGGAUGAUUCGACAUCUGGCGUCCGCGUAGUGGACAGCCAGACACCUCCGUCAGGUCUAUCACCGUCGAGACAAUCGUACGAGCGAGUUCGUCCUGUGAACAAAGCCCGAGCACACGCCUUGCGAUUGACCGCAGACGAUGAAGCUCGAGGCGGUCAGAAGCCACAUGCACCUCCAUCAAUCCCGAUCCGCAUUUCGACUAGCAGUGGCAGUCGUAUCGCCAAACCCACCCGCAACCCCAAUAUAAACCGACCACUUUCGCCCGAUGAGAAAGAACUGCCUUUCUUGACUGCAAGGCCGGCUGCCGCGGGUGCAGGGUCGAUGUCAAGACACAAGCAUUGCCAGAUUGCAGCUCAGCUGCGGGAGCAGGCUGGCGAGGAACAAGCUGCGCUAAGGGCCGAGCAGCGAAGGAUGGACGCGAGGCUGGAGCGUUCGGAACGUGCAGUGACAAACUGGUACGGCUUGCCUCAUGGACAGACUGGGCAUUUUCAUUAG